AUGUCGUCCAAUUUGUUGAACUUCAACAAACCAUGCAACGGAUGUCGACGUCGAAAGGUCCGCUGCGAUAAGGCCAAGCCAUGCCUCAACUGUGUUCGUCAUGGCAUUUCCUGUGUCUACGACCCCCAGAGGGAGCCCGGCAUCCCCAGCCCCGAAAGCCAACAGCAGUUGCAGGAGAGGGUCGACCGACUGGAAAGGGUGAUCGAGGAGAUGAAGGGCAUGUCUGUUCGAGGAGAAUCACUCAAGGCGACUAGCAGCUCGUUUCCAUCUGCGAGUCCAGCAACAAGUCACUUUGGCGAGUUUUACAACGAACGAGACGAGUCCCUGGCUGGAGAUCCUGGGAUGCAGGUUUACGACGAGAACGUCUCCUAUUAUCUUGGUCCCGACUACUGGCUUAAUCUCCAAGACGUUGUCUACGAACCAAGAUGCCUAUUCCGUAUCGACUCGGACAAGACGGGCAAAAACCCCGCGAGUCCGUCUUCCUGGCCUAUUGGUCGAACACCCGUUCUGGCCGAUCUUUCUCAUUUACACCUUGAACCCGAAAAGGAAGAUAUCCUGACCGACCUUUUCCUUGCACAUGUUGAGCCCUACGUUCGGAUAGUCCACGAGUCCUACUGGCGGCAGCAAAUCACAGAUUUCCGAGUGGGCGUCCACAAAAUCCCGAUAGACGUGGAGGCAGGCAUGUUUGCAACCCAAGCCAUGACCGUUGCGGCAUUGCCGGCAAACCUUAUCCAAGAGAGGUUAGGCAAACCAAAGAAGGAUCUCCUUCGACACCUGCAGGAAGCUACCCAACUAGCCCUUGAGAGAGCAGAUAUUUUGCGGAGCAGGAAGCUUUUGGCUUUCUUUGCUCUGCUCUAUCAUAUUCAAGCAAAAUUCAUCACGGGUGAUGGAGAGGUUGCAGUUUCUCUCCUCGGAUUGGCUGGUCGAUUCGGAACAAGACUCGGACUGCACCGAGAUCCGAGUCACUAUAGCUAUUCGCCAUGGAUAGCAAAUAUGAGACGCCGAGUCUGGACUCACUUCGAAAUCAUGGACAACCCGGUGUACAAUUUGGAGGGUGCAGACUCUGGCCUGCCAUCAAUAUCCGACGUCCAACCCGCAAAGAAUGCAAACGACAGCCAGUGGAUGCCGAAUCGAUUUGCAAAACCAGGCUCUACCCCUCCAGAUCAGGAUGGAAUCACAGACAUGUCUUUUGUCUUGAUACGACAGCAUCUCUUCAGGACGAUGCAAUCAAUAACGCGAAGGAGGAACGACACGAGCCCGGAAGAGCUGAACAGGAUAAUUGACCAGACUGAGAGCUUUAUCAAGGCCAAGUUUAUAUCCCACGUUGACGGUAGCUCUGCAAGUCAUGCAAUAAUUGUCUCAUACUUCAGAACAAGUAUGAGAAGCAUGCGACUUCUAGUUGAGACCGUUGUGGCUCGACAUACGGGUGCUGGUCAAGAUGCUGAAUUCCGAUCGGGAUUCUAUCAAGAGUGUGUAGAAAUUCUGGAGGAAGCAGAGCGUGGUGAAGCAGUGGCUCUCCAAAGCCAUUGUGGCUGGAUCUACAGAUGGCCGACGACACCGUUUACGAUUUCAAACAUUCUCAUCGGCCUCGCUCAACAACCAAAACACCCGGUUACGGACCGAGCAUGGCGGCAAAUGAACAUCGUGUUCCGCAGACACAAUAACGAGGACAUUAGCAUGCGCAAGUUUGCUGCUUGGAGGGUAAUCGAGGCUCUAUGCGACCAGGCUAUGCUUUACCACAAGCAGAGAUCACACGAAGGAGCGUGGUAUGCCCAGAGGCUAGACCAAGUCCAGGCUUUGAAUACCGCGCAGGGAAAGACCUCCCUCUCACUGGAGAAUGCGACAGUCGACGACAUCCUAGGCGACGUGCAAAUGUUUGGCCAAGAUGCUUCAGUCUUGGGUGGUCACGGUUAUUUUGCAGCUCAGCAGGCACUUGAGCCGUUGGGCUACCCGCCUUGGAAUCAGCCACCAACGGGACAAUCUCACGGCCAAAGUCAACCGCAUCCGCACUCGCAUCCUCAUCCGCAUCAACCACCGUCUGAUGAUGGCGAAGACAUAUGA